UCAUGGUAGAGAAACAAACUUUACAAUAGCGACUUUUCUUACUAUACCCGCGACCCGCAUCAUUCAAUUUGGUGGAUAAAAUAACGACAUAACAAGUUAAGCUUACUUCCCGUGGCUAGACUUGGAUAAGCUAAGAUGAUAGAUCUGAUCAACGCCGUCUUGACCAUUGCGGUUUUGGUUCUAACCUGCUUGUGGUUUAAGCGCCCCAAACAAAAUCUACCCCCGUACCCCACCCGUCCCUUACCUCUACUCGGACAUUUACUCACGCUAGAGGACAACCCAAGGUCACAGUUCAAGACAUGGCGGGAGGAGUUAGGGGAUAUUUUCAGUCUACAGAUGGGGAGUGAGCUGCUGGUUAUAAUAUCUGGCUAUGACCUUAUUAAAGAACUUUUUCUCAAACGUGCCGGGGAAUUCUCAGACCGUCCAAAACUCGCUUUUGAUCAGGUAAAUCCUCUACCGGAGAAAGGCAUAACUUUCUCAAAAGGAAAAAGCUGGAAAGAACACAGAACUGUCGCUCUGCACAUUUUGCGAGAUUUUGGAAUGGGUAAAAAUAUACUGGCUGGCAGAAUCCAAGAGGAGGUCACUCACUUUCUCGACCUGUUGUCUGAGAGCUGCGGCCAGCCAUCCGACGUCCGAGUAGCCACGUACGUCAGCACAGCUAACGUCAUCAGCUCCAUCGUCCUGGGUCACAGGUUCGACUACAAGGACGAGAGGUACCAGGAUAUGAUCGCCAGGUUCUCAAAGUCCGUCUCCGCUGAUAAUUUCAACAGCCCGGUUAACUUCUUCCCGUGCCUGAGGCAUCUUCCUGGGGAUUUCUUUCACGUGAAGGAGAUGAAGAAAGCAGUCAAGGACCUGUUUAAGUUUAUUCACUCAUUUGUUCAAGAGAAAGGUUACAUCGAAUACGACGAAAAUAAUAUCGAUAAUUUUAUCGCUGCGUACGUUAAGGAAAUGACUUUAAAGAAAAGUAGGGGAAAGUUAACUUUUUUGAGCGAUGAAGGUCUUAUGAAAGUGGUGUAUGACUUGUUUACUGCAGGUAUGGAGACCACAAGUGCAACAAUAAACUGGUGCCUGUUGUAUGUGUUAAAUUACCCGGAUGUUCAAGCUAAAAUAUACCAGGAAAUGAAAGAAAAAAUCGGAUCUGACAGGCGACCGUGUAUUCAGGAUAAACAAAGUCUUGUCUAUUUAACCGCCGUGAUCAAAGAAACGCAAAGGUUAUCAAGUAUAGUGCCAAACAGUGUAACUCACACCUCUCUUCAUGAUGUGACCGUCCGAGGCUACACCAUCCCUAAAGGAACUUACAUCUCACCCAACCUGGACUCUGUCUUACACGAUCCAAAGAUCUGGGGCAAUGACGUCAUGGAGUUUAAACCUGAAAGAUUUAUAGACCAAGACGGGAAGUUAAAAACUCCUGAAGAGUUCAUCCCCUUCUCGAUAGGUCGUCGUGUCUGUUUGGGCGAGUCCCUGGCUGUCAUGGAGUUGUUCCUGUACCUCUCAUCAAUCUUCCACAGAUUUGAGAUUCUGCCAGCAACUCCGGGCUCGCCGCCUCCAAUCAAAUACAAGUUUGGCAUCAUCGCCGUCCCGUUGGCCUUUCAACUGAGAGCAGUAGAGCGAAGAUGGGAACAUGCCGUGUAAAGACAUUAUGGCUUCAAAUAAAACUGUCGUUUUUGACUGUCACAGAACAGUACAUUGUAUUUCAUGAUCUUUUCCCGUUCGUACCCAAGACACAUGAGGCAGAGG